GUACUGUACGGUUAAAUGUGUACAGUAUACAAUACAGUGAUAGUCGCCAUUACUUACGCCUGGAUAUUAUACACAGGAUCAAAAUGCCGAUGGUGUUUGUGUAUACUAAUUUGAAGGAUGAGAUGGUUGCUGCCGAUUUCGAGGUCAGGACAUCUCGAUGUAUUUCAGAAGUCCUUAACAAGCCGAAAGAGAAAAUUACCAUUCUCUUGAAUACCGGUAGCCGCCUGUGUAGAAACGAAGAUCCCUCGCCGUGCGUUCUGGUUCAGAUUCAUUCAAUAGGCGUGUUCGAUGCAGACAGAAACCCUGGAUACACGGGCAAAUUCCUGGAAUUCUUCUCAAACACACUCAACAUUCCGAAAUCAAGAGUUUCCUUAAUGUACCAACCAAUAGAGGCCUUUAUGAUCGGAGCGGUGUAAUGAGGAGAUAGCCGUUGUAUUGCUAAUCAGAACAUUAUACCGCGGCUAACCCCAGGAAUAGUUGCACGACGAAACAUGAUAGACUUCACAGACCAGAAGGAGAGGCGGGUGGGGACGGGGGAUUUUUUUUUUCAUCUCAAAAGCAUACAUGUACUUUUUGGCAAAUUCACUAUUUCCUACCAUUGCAAAAAAAUCCGUAAAGCUGUCCAGAGCUCUGGGAGUACUUUGUUAUUACAGGCAUGUUGUAUACUUAGAAUCAUCUGUACAUGCAACAGGGAACUCGCCUGACAGAUGAAAUGAUUACAAUUAACAGAAAUAAUCUCUAUACAUUUUCCUGUUCAAACCUAAGCCCCUUCUGAAUUUCACAAAAUCCUACAGGAGAUUUCUUUCCGGUUUGAAAAUUUCUAUAGGAUUUUUUUUGAGGGGGGAGGGGGAGAAUUUAUGAUUUCUUGAACAUAAUCAAUUUGAGUAAGGUUGUUCUGAAUCUUGAUGAUGACCGGUCAUGUGACACCUCUUUUUUUAUUGAUUGGCGAACGCAGAAAACAAAACCCAAAACUUCA